AUGACAAGAGUUGUGUUGAUCUGUUUCCUGGCUUCUAUUAUUCAGGUAUCUCUUUGCCAAGUAAUUGGUAACUCUCCUUAUUAUGCUAACAUGAACGGUUAUGGACUACAAAACACGCCGAUCGCAAACACAAUAGCGUCCAGUCCUAUAAAUGGAAUGCCAGUAUCAAUGGCUCCAAUAGCUAACGCUCCAAUGUAUGCUACAAUACCAAGUGAAACUAUCAGUACAGCAACAGCUGCUAUGAAUGCAGCUAAUGCGAUUACUGCUGGAGUGACUGGCUUAGAAGGAUUCUCUCUAGGAGGUAUACCGAUGUCCGGUGUGUCACCAAUGGGUUAUGGUGACGUGACUGUACUAGGGGAAUUACCAGUUGGUGGAUCGACAGGGGUGACUGGGAAUGUACCUGUGAUAGGAUAUGUCACUUUCGAGGGAACUGUACCCGCGGGAGCCUCUUAA